GACGAAAACGUAAACACAAGUGAGAUGGGCGCCUAGGCCAGGGUUUUUACGGGGAGUUCUUUUAGGGCUAUUAUUAUUUAUUGACGCUUCACAUUUAGAACGGACAAAAUACACAACAACAUGGCUGAGGCGGCCGAAGUACUUGAAAUGGCCCAUAAAAACGUCUCAGUUCGAUCUUGGGACCCUGCUGCGAGUAAAGAUUGGGACAAUGAAACCGUGACACCUCAAUGCAUAAUGCGGAUUAAACGUGAUAUUAUUAGCAUCUAUAAUGAUCCUGCUCCUGGCAUGUGCAUUGUUCCAGAGGAAGACAUAACAAAGGUCCAUGCACUUAUUACCGGCCCUUUUGAUACUCCCUACGAAGGAGGAUUUUUCCACUUCUUUAUUCGUUUUCCGCCAAACUACCCGAUUCAGCCACCCAGAGUGAAGCUUGUCACAACUGGUGGUGGACAGGUUCGGUUCAAUCCUAACUUGUACAAAAGCGGAAAAGUCUGUCUAAGCACUAUCGGGACGUGGCCUGGACCAUCUUGGAGCCCUGCUCAGAGCUUGAUGAGUGUGUUAAUCUCAAUCCAGUCACUAUUAAAUGAUAAACCAUACCACAAUGAACCUGGGUUUGAACAGGAGCGUCAUUCAGGAGAUUCUGAGAGGUAUAAUGAGUGUGUCCGACAUGAAACAAUCCGUGUUGCUGUGUGUGAUAUGAUAAAACACAGCACACUUCCAGGGCCAUUAAGGCAAGUUAUGGAAACUUCAUUUCAUGAUUUCUACGAUUACUACAAGUCAACUGCUCAUAAGAAGAGUCAUUUGUCAGGAAUUAUAAUGCAGGAUCCUUUCGGUGAGAGGAGGGGGUCAUUUUCAUACUUGGUCCUGGAACAGCGAUUAGAAGCAAUUAAGAAGCAACUAGAAGAAAAGGUCGCCAAAGCAGAUAUUGAAAGCAGUAGUAGCUCAUCGGAUAUGGAGCAUGAUGGCAUUCCGAGCAGCUGAUUGGUUACAAAACAAAGUUAUGUCAUAUUCUUGCAUAUCUUAUAUCAUUACGUGUCCUUUAAAGUCACAGUGCAUAUAUUUUAAAAUUUUUGUUGGCAUUAAUUAGAAAGGAGUUUUUAAACUAAUGACAGAAAAUGUAUGACCCCAAAGCACCAAAAAUAUUUGAAAGUAGUAGCACUGGAUACAUGCUAAAUUUUCUUCUCAUGUGAAUAGAGUUUAAGGCAAGGCAUGUUACUUCUUGUUUAGUGAACUUUAUUUUCAGAGAAAAGGGAGGAGAAAAUUUUUUUUUUUUUUUUUAUAUUACGGAAAAUAUUUUUUUCAAAAUCAUCUAGGUAGAGAACAUUUUUUUGUAAUUAUUAAAGAAAAAAAUGAUUUGCGAUAUUAUGAGGUUAGAAAUUGAAUUUCAUGGUUGGUUUUGAUCACUCCAUGGUAUACCCAAAUGCCCACAUAUUGGAGUGUAGUUGAAUAGCUUGGUGGUUAAGAUGCUUGCCUUCCAAUCUCAGGGUCCUGGGUUCAAUUCCUCUGACAGCAGGAUAUUUUUAUAAUAUAAAUCAAGACAAAAAGUGUUUCUUUCUUUGAUGAUUUA